AUUUUCAAGGACAAAACAAAUAUUCUGAAUACAUUGUCACUUUCGUUCGCAAUAACACGUCAAUUCGCCCUAUUACUCAUAUCAACGUUCGUCAUUCAAUCGUUAAGUGUUUGAUGGAUGCACAAGCCCUCAGUCUUUUACUGAUAUUAGUGUCUUUGCCAGUUGCUUUAGUACAAAAUUGGUAGAUUUUGCUUUUGUUGAACCGCUGAUUUGUAAAAUGUCGUACACUAACGGCACCUCAAAUAGAGGAGGAUAUGAGCAAAUUGGCCCUGAAGCACCGCUUCUAAAUACUGGCCCAUCUUCGGACGGUUCUAAAGGAUCAAGAUUGGUCCAUUUUAUCCUUGGUUCCAUUACUGCUGUUAUUGUAGUCAGUACCUUUAUUGGUUCCUUUAUUUUUCACAAAGAAUCAUCUGUGGCAUUAAAUGUUUUCUUUGCAUCUUGCAUCCUUUUGACUUGCACUUCAAAUAUUUCCCUGAUGAUUUGGUAUCGAAAUCAAGAAGUCACCUCCAUAGUUCGUUUCAUCAUCCACUUCAACUCGAUAAACAUAAUAUUGCUCUGCAUAUGUGCCAACUUGUACCUUCAUGGUUUCUAGCCUUCAGCUUCUUUAUGACAUUUGAUUAAUGACGAACAAGUUAUCUUUUGUAUCAACUAAAUAAUGUGUAAUGCCAGCAGAAAAGAAAUAACAAGACUGAAAAAUUGA